CGCGACGCCGUGAUGGUGAUCGGGUCCCGCAACGACGGCAAGACGGGCAUCCUGAAGAAGAUCGACGGAAAGGACGGCAUCGUCAGAUACAAGGGCGGGGCCGAGAGGGACGUCGUGCCAAUGCAGGUUUGA